AUGAAAGUUGAUGUGGAGCACUCUCACGUGCGGUUUCUGGGCAAUCUUGUGCUGAACCUGUGGGACUGUGGUGGACAGGACACGUUUAUGGAGAACUACUUCACGAGUCAGAGAGACAACAUCUUUCGCAAUGUGGAGGUGCUGAUCUACGUGUUUGAUGUGGAGAGCCGCGAGCUGGAGAAGGAUAUGCAUUACUACCAGUCGUGUCUGGAAGCCAUCCUGCAGAACUCGCCUGAUGCCAAGAUCUUCUGCCUGGUGCACAAGAUGGACCUGGUGCAGGAGGACCAGAGAGACCUGAUAUUUAAAGAGCGUGAGGAGGACCUGAAAAGACUGUCUCGCCCGCUGGCCUGCACCUGCUUCAGAACGUCUAUUUGGGACGAGACGCUGUAUAAAGCGUGGUCCAGUAUCGUCUAUCAGCUCAUCCCUAACGUACAGCAGCUCGAGUGUAACCUACGCAACUUUGCUCAGAUAAUUGAGGCAGAUGAAGUCUUGCUUUUUGAAAGAGCUACUUUCCUGGUGAUCUCUCAUUAUCAGUGUAAGGAGCAGCGUGAUGCUCAUCGCUUCGAGAAGAUCAGUAACAUCAUCAAGCAGUUCAAGCUGAGCUGCAGUAAACUGGCCGCCUCUUUCCAGAGCAUGGAGGUGCGCAACUCUAACUUCGCCGCCUUUAUCGAUGUGUUCACGUCCAACACCUACGUCAUGGUGAUCAUGUCAGACCCGUCCAUACCGUCUGCUGCCACGCUCAUCAACAUCAGGAACGCCAGGAGACACUUUGAGAAGCUGGAGCGAGUGGACGGGCCCAAGCACAGUCUGCACAUGCGCAUGCGCUAGACUCGCCGCAUACAGCGGUGGUGGAUGAUCCAGAAGAUUUCUUGCUGACUUCACUCGCAUCCAGUGUCAGCUUAUGUUAAAUGGCAGUAACAUGCUUGUUUUCCUCGCUGAUGUUGCAAAGGAACAGUAGUUCUUAAUCAUAAAGCACGGGUCGAGAGGUUAAAUGUUGUAAUGACCCCUUAAUAUCUGAUUUGUGUGCCAUACGGUGACUUAGGAGUUACUGAUAGUCAGGAACGCUAGAUCAUAAAGUCGGCCUUCUUUCUGUGUGUCUUUUAUGUUAAGCAUUAUCAGCUUUCUGUACUCUGUUGAAAACCAGAGCAGAAAUCUGAGACUAAAACUGGUAUUUCUAAAAUAACAACUUACUAAUUCUUGUAUUAUAAUUAUUCUCAAUAAAUACCGAUUGUUGUGUAAUGAC